AUGGACAUGCUGACCAAGCCCAAACUCUGGAACUGCUUCCUGCGCCAACACGGCUACCUGCUCCACCAGCAAAUCGGGGCAGGCAGCUUCGGGGACGUCUUCAGCGUCACCAAGGCAACCGCCGGCACCAGGUGGGCGGUCAAGCGGCUGGUGGCCCGGAGGACCAUCGCCGAGGACGAGUACAUCAUGGCGGAGGUCAAGGCCUUCCUGGAGCUGGCUCACGCGCACAUCGUCGAGGCCGAGGAGCUGCUCACCACCCGCACGUGCGCGUGCAUCGUCAUGGAGCUCGCGCCUUUGGGCAACCUCGAGAUGGUCGUGACGUCAACCGACGUGGACGACGCCUUCGUGAACCUGGCCUUCCACCAGGUCACGCUGGCCGUGGAUUACUGUCACGCUCGGGGCGUGGCCCACCGUGACAUCAACCCCAGCAACGUGCUGGUCUUCAGUUCCAAGAGGGUUAAGCUCGCCGACUUCGGGCUCUGUACGCCGUGCUACGACUUGACCACCGGUCAGCCGCUGCUCUGCUCCGACUACCUGGGCCAAGACUGCUACCUAGCACCGGAAGUCAAAAAAUGCCAGCCGUUCGCUGCCCGGCCUGCCGACCUCUGGAGCCUGGGGUGCCUCUUGUAUUUCCUGUACGUCCGCGCUCACCCGCCCAGCGACUUCCCUGACCUUGACCUGCUGACCUGUGAACCCUGCGCCAGCUCCUCCCCCGUCCGACACAAGAAGUUGAUCUCCACGUUGUGCUCCGUCAAUGUCUUAGAUCGACCGACGACGUCACAGCUAAUCGAACUAUGGCUGAAUUGACUUUUCUAAGCUAAUCAAACUUUGGCUGAAGUGAUUUAUCCAAGCUAAUAUAAUUAUGGCUGA